UAAACUCUAAUGUUUGUAUUUUAGCAAUAAAUUCUACUGGAAGAUACUAUGUAUCUCUAGCUACAAGGAUAGAAGAACGAACUACUCAUAUUGCUCUUUUAUCUCUCUUCCAAACCAUGGGGUUCAUCAUAGGACCUGGAAUUCAGGCUGGUUUGGUUCCUCUAGGUGCUCAAAGAAUUUCAGGGGAAAGUUCAGGCAUAUACCUUGAUAUGUACACAGCUACUGGGUGGGUAAGUGCUUCUACUGGUGCCCUGUGUAUAAUUCUGUACCUACCCUACAUAUUCCAAGAGAAAUAUAUUGCUGUGAAGGAAAGAGAAUUUAUAAAAAUUCAAGAGAGAAAUGAGAAGUUGCCUCCUGUCAAGAGAAGAAUAUUAAGAGAAGCCUCCAGAGUAUCCCUGGGUCCAACUAAGAUAGAUACACAAACUGCAGAACCUCGCCAGCUUCUCAAAUCAUAUUCUCGGAUCUCAGUCGUGGACGGGGGUCUUAACUUUAACAGAAAGCUUGAAGAUAUUGAUGAUGAUUCUGAAAAUGGAGAAAUGGUAACCACGAAAGCGUAUCCACCAAUAAUACCAGCAUUGACCUGUCUCUACAACUACUUUUCUUUCUUUAUCAACUUUGUUCUGUUAGAAACGAUACUUACACCCCUUGCUAUGGAUAUGUGGGCUUGGACUGCAGCUGAAGCUCUUCAAAAUAUAGGUUUAACCAUGAUCGGUGGAGGAUUUUUGUCCCUCUUGGUGUUUGCUCUGAUUGGUCCUCUAUCGAAAAGAUUUGAUGAAAGAAUCCUGCUUCUAGUGAUGGGAAUACUACCGAUGAUAUUGGGAAGAGUUGUUCUCUUCCCCUUCCCUGGAGCAGGAUAUCCUUUAAUGAGAGUUGUUAACUCCACUCUGGGAACUACAGUCAGCCCAGUUGAUAUGUCGCUAAAUACUGCAGAUUUCUCCGUGUUGAGUCUCUACGCUAGAUCUGACCAAGAUUUCUCCGUGUUUAGUUCUGACCUAACUAGUACAGGGUGUAAAUAUGAGUGGUGUACCUAUAUUCCAAAGAUAACUGUUGCACAGUUUCUGGUUGGGUAUGCUCUAGCUACGAUGGGAUAUCCUUUCUGUGUCACUCUCACAGCUUCUCUCUACUCUAAGAUGCUGGUGGGGGUAAACCAGGGGCUGUGGUUAGGACUGCUAACAACAUUUGGAAGUUUAGCACGAGUUAUCGGUCCUCUAGCUGUAUCCUCCCUGUAUGCUGAAUAUGGAACUUACCUUAUCUUCGGACUCAUUACAGGGUCUUUGGUACUGGCAGCCAUCCUAACCUUAAUUUCAUUCAAGAAAUUGAAAACAGUCUAAAUUUGAGAAUAAAUAUUUAUUUACCAUUUAUGUUAAAUAUACAUUCUUAAAAUAUGAA